CAGCAGCAACAGCAGCAGCAGGCUCAGGCAGCACGGGACGUCAACACGGCCUCGCUGUGUCGCAUCGGUCAGGAGACGGUCCAAGACAUCGUCCUCAGGACCAUGGAGAUCUUCCAGCUCCUCAGAAACAUGCAGCUGCCUAAUGGAGUCACUUACCACCCCAACACCCACCAGGACAGGCUGGGGAAACUCCAGGAGCAUCUACGAACGCUUUCUGUGCUCUUCCGCAAGCUGCGCCUCGUCUACGAUAAAUGCAACGAAAACUGUGCCGGCCUCGACCCCAUACCUCCAGAGCAACUGAUACCCUUUGUGGAAGAUGACGGCUCCAAACAUGAAGACCGAUCAGGUGGACAGAGCCGCUCUGCCAGUGAGGAAAGGAGAGAAAUCCUGGAGGUCAACAAGAAGCUGAAGCAGAAGAACCAGCACCUGAAACAGAUCAUGGACCAACUCCGCAACCUCAUCUGGGAGAUCAACUCCAUGCUGGCUGUCAGGAGCUGAGCCACACACACAAACACACGUGUACAAGGUGCAAUCAGAAAGUUUAGAGACGGUAUCUAUAAAAUCUUUAAAAGUAAAGUAGUCUUUACGACAGGCUGCAUCUCAUCCACAGCUUCCAAAUAACAGCUGUUGCUUAAUAUGAAGCUCAUUUUGUGAGCAAGGAUGAUCUAAGCAAACAGCUUGUAGGGACUUACUUGUUCAGCAACAACACGAGGCAUAGGGUGGGUAGUGGGUGUGUCAGUGUGGCCAAAGAACCUGUGCAAUGUCACCACGAACCACCGAGCUGCCGUCGUGCCAAAGUUUGUGUUGGUUGAAUCUUCUCCCUCAGGACGUUGCUGCAGACCUCAUUGACAGUUUGACACUGUGGAUGAAUUCACAGUGCACACACUGAAUGUUGAAGAAAACAAUGCAAAGCAUGCUCUUUGUUCUGCACUUCAUGCUUUGGCACUUUAGGUUCUUCUCCUGCAAAAACAACCUGUUUAGUUGUUAAGGCAAAGCAAAACAGCCAACUAAAAUCGAUGAUCUGCGAGACAGAUUUUGGCUCAUUCUGGAGUCUGUUGAUAGAUCUGCUUGCAGACUCUGAGACACUGUGCCUGUUUCACGGCAUAAAUGUGCACCUGCACGUGGAUACAAAAAUAUCAAUGACCCCUGACUCACAAAAGUUAAUUCAAUCACCCGUUCACAUUCACAUAAUCAAUGUCUCAGUCGAUUCUUUCUCUUUUGAUUGCACCUUGUAUGUAGGACAUCCACAGGUACACAUGGACUACAGAUAAUGGAUUGGUGAUGGGUUCUUAAACUGGAUCUAUGACAGGUUACCACAGACUGGCUGAAGCAGUGCUUCACAGAAGGAAUUGGUACUCUAGCAAUAUCAAAAGGCUUCUAAAAGAAGACAUUAAAGAACAGAGGAUACACGAGAGGAGACAAAUGAGGGCAAGACAUCCCAUGGAGGAGCCAGGGGAUGGAGGGCACCGGUGUCAUCAGCAUGGCAGAAAAGAUUCUGUCUACCUCGACAUUCAACAUUACAAUCAGCAUUUUUUUUUCCUUCUCAGUUAAUCUGAAGAGUUAAUGUUUUAUCUGUCUGUAGCUGCUAGCUCAAUAGAGGGUUUAUGCCUGUAGAGAAAUUGAUAUAUUCUAUUUAAUCCUUAUAUUCUGUUACAUGCCUAUGUUACAAAUGUAUAUUGUACUUGAGAACUUCAAUAAGAAAAAACACUGUGGCAAAACCACGAGUCUUAUUGUGAAUAUGUUGAUCUUUUUAAAGUGGAUGUUAGCUUGUAUUUUAAUCCAACCGAUUAUCUGGUUCCAAUUUUCAUUUUCUUGUAAGUAAUGGGGACAACACAUGUUCAAGAACAUUAGUAUGCCAAGUGUACAAACAAGAUUUUAGUAAAACAGCUUAUUUACAUCCGUAAUCCUAUAACAACUGAACUAAAUCUUCCUGUGAUUUUAUUUUUUGAAUCACUCUUUUUUUUUUGGUUUAUUUAAUCUGUAUUUUCAUUAAGCAUUUCCCACAGUGUUGCUGUUUUAACGCUGAGGGAAGCACAACUGAAGGUUACUAAUGGACCCUCAUCAUACUCUCUGAUGGUAAAUUCAUUUGUGUGCUUCUGCUGGACCUCAGUACAGCAUUUGAUACCAGUUUGUGGAUGUAAAUGAGGAAUCUUUCUCACACAGCGAGUCAUGGAGUUCCUCAGGGUUCUGUGCUGGGACCUUUAAUUUUUAUAUUGUACAUACUUCUCUUAAGUGGUAGUAUUACAAAACACAACAUCCAUUUUCAUGGCUAAUCAGAUGAAUCCCAGCUUUAUUUAUCCAUGCAGUCACUCAAAUCAGUUGGUUAAACUAAACUAAAGGCAUUUCUUAAAGGCCUGGGUGAGCUCUAAUUUCCUGCAUUGUUGAAGUCAGCCCCAGCUGCCAUGGAGUAAGAGGCAGGAUACACUGCCUGUAGGGCUGUCACAGAGAGACAGACAGCCAUUCACACCUGUAGGUAAUUUAGAACCACCAGUUAACCUAAUCCCACAAACUGCAUGUCUUUGAACUGGGUGAGGAAGCCAGAGCACAGACAACUUGACGUAGGAAGGCCCCGGCCAGAUGGUGGAUUUGAACCCAGUACCUUCUUACUGUGAGGCAACAGCGCUAACCACCUUUACAGUUCAGACAAGAGUGAGGUCAUUAUAUUUGGCCCUAAAACCUUAGAAAUAUGGUGUAUGUAAUAAGAUGCUUGCUAUGGAUAGCAUUACCUUUGCCUCCAGUAAUCAGGAGAUGUCAUUCAAUACAUAUAUAACAAGUAUGUAAGACUGCUUUCUUUCAUCUGCACUGUUUUGCCCAGUUUCACUGGCUCCCUGUUAAAUCCAGGAUUGAAUUUAAAAUCCUUCUUAUCACAUACAAAGUCUUAAAUAAUCAAACCCUGUUGAAUCUCAAAGAUCUCUUAGUAUGAUGAGAUCUUCCAGGAGACCACUCUCAGCUCUUAGGUCACCAGUUCAUCAAAGGUUUAACACAGAAAAAGGAAUUAUUCACACCUAAAGCUGAUUAAGAUUCACCAGUUAACCUAACAUACAUGUGAGGAAACUAAAGGGAAUCACGCAGAAACAGGAAGAACAUCGAAGCACAUAGAAAUGACCCGGUCGACCAGUGGAAUCAAACUUGGGACCUUCUUGCUGUGAGGCGGCAGUGCUAACCGCUGCAUCCUUUGCCUGUCAUUAGGAGGAAUGCAGAUCCAAAGGCACUUAGGCAUUUGCUUCACUUAUCAGACCCGGAGGCUACAUCACUUCUUUUUAUAUGCAGUCUGGUCCAAUCACUGGACCGCAGCGUGCUUUUACUGUGCGUGAGUGUGUCUUUAUUGAAGACAGAAUUUCUCCUCUUCAUAAAAGUCCAGUUGAUAUUUCAAAUCAUCUGGUGUAUUAUUACAGGUGAGGCCAAUUAUAGCUCAUCUACCCACUGUUGGAAAAAUGUCACUCAAUAUAACUACAUCUUAGGUAAAGGUCAGCUGUCAGUAACUCUAAACCAGAGGUCUCAAACAAAAGGCCCAGGGACCAGAAUCAGCCCGUAUAAGAGUCCAAUCCGGCCCUCUGCACGUGCGCACAUCUUUGGAAAAUGCGAACAAGGGCAUAAAUUUUAGUGUUUUAACUCAAUUACAGUAUUUCUUACAGUGCUGAUAGAUUUUUUUUUUCCCAUUCUGGUAAUAGAGCAGCAUUUUUGCGAAGUUGAAAUUGCACUUCUUUUUCUUUUCUUACAAUAUCUCAGUGUAAUUUGAUUUCGUUAAACUUCUUUACGCUGACUGAAAGGGGAGUUUCACUGUUCCGGCCCACUUAAGAUCACAGUGAGCUGUAUGUAAAACAAGUUUAACAUCACCACUCUUAAAAAAAAUCAUGCAGCUCGUUUUUCGUUAAUUCGCUCCAAAGAGUUUGGAAAUAACAAAAAUAUCCGCAAAGCUGCACCAGGAAAAUAACAAAAACACCGGUUGUGAUUGGAAUCGAAUCAAAGCUGCAUUCACCCUGCUGAAUCUCCCACAAAGUCCAUAAAAGAAUUCCUCAUUUUAAUAAGCUUUAAGUCAUUAAUGACAUGUGCUUCAAACGCACGUUUCAGCCUGAACACCAUCUGCUUGUGACUCCAAACAUGUUUGCACAUGUCUCAAUCUCUCAUAAAUAUUAGAGAAGAUAAGAGCCAUUUCAUAUAAUGUGGGUUUUUCUUCUUAGAAGCUUAAAGCACGUCACUCUUAAAAACUUUCGGCCAAUUAGAAGUGAUUUCUUACUGUGAGAUGCUUGAUAAAUAAAGGCCCUGCUCUGAUAAGAGGAGCGCCAGAUCAACUCGUCAGAGCUUUUUGGUCUCUGUUGGUGUCCUGUGAUUCCAGCCUCAGUUUAAAAAAGCCUCAUUUAUAGAUCAGAAAAGAAAGAAGCAGUGAGAAGAACUCACAAAGGGCCUUAUUCAACCAAACAUGAAACAUGAGCUUAAAUCUGAGUACAUGUUCGUGGCAACAAAUCCACACACACACACGCACAAAUACGGCACUGCUGUCAGGUCACAGAUAUGCAUGAGAAUAUCAGUGCCUGAUAUGGGUGCUUUUAAUAAUUCAGAACAAAGCUGGGGUCGUAUCUUAGAUGUGUUAUGAGGCUAUUGUCCUCAGGGAGACGCAGAAGGACAGAUGCAGCUUUGGAGCAGUGAGAAGGCUUUCAGCAUUGUGGGGGGAAAUCAAUGCUCUGAGUAGUGACUAAUAAACCCCUCCUCAGUGGUCUAAUACUGGGGUGGUUAUUAUAUCGCAGAGGGCAACGCAGCAUCGAGGGACUAUUAUUACUGUACAAAUGGAGUGUGUUCACAUUCAGCUGAGGCAGAGGUCAGGGGCUGAGUACUUGUCCGUGCACACUCUGUCACAGAUGAUGAAAUUAAUAAAAAAAAAUGUGCAGGGUUGCACUCGGCUGUUGACAACGUGUGCACAAAAGCAAGCACAAACAAAUCAUCAGUGUUGUUGCAGCGUCUGUUCGGGAAAAAGUAAUCCUCAGACACUGGGACAUGUAAUAUCCUUUAUUACGUCCUUCCUGUCUGGAAGAUGAAAAGUAAAUCUUUUUGUCUUCCAGAGGAAUUAAAGCAUCGAGGUGCUGCUAAUCAAAAUGACUUGACUAACUGUGAGCACCUCUGUAAAAGAAGUUUUGGAAGUUUGCGGGUCUAAAGCAUUCAGGUGUGUGUUAACACAACACCACAGGAUUCCCAGUGGAGGUUCCAGCAAAUUCACCCCAAGGUCAGACCGUACAAUGCUGAGAGACAACAAAAGCUACAGGCCUCAGUGAACAUGUUAGAUGCUAAGGUCAUGACAGUACAAUUCAAAAAAGUAUGGCUAGUUUGGAAGGGUUCUCUCUAAAAUGACGUCAUUUGGAAAGACAAGACUUAAAUGGAGCCGUUUGGCCCCAAAGCACAGCAUUGUCAGUAGUUAAAGCCAAAGAACAUAUCAGCACAAACACCUCAUAUAAGCUGUGAAGCACUGAGGUGGAGAGCUGAUGAUCUGGGCACCUUUACAGCCACUGAGUCGACCAUGAACUCCUCUGUAUCCCACAGCGAUCCACAGUCGAAGUUGAGGCGAUCCUUCCCGACAGUUUUGUCCAAAUUGUGUAAAGUAACAGGACAAUGGGCCCAAACACAGCAUGGAAUCUACAACAGAACAGUCUUGAUGUGUGCUCAAUCAUCCAGGUAAGGAAAUCCCCCCAAAAUGAACAGAAUCAACUUUUUGGGUACAAAAGAACAGCUCAAAAAGAAAAUCAAGGAGUUGCAAUGGUCCAAAGUCCAGAUGUCAACCCGAAUGAAAUGCUGUGGUUGGCCCUUUAGAGAGCUGCGCAUAAACAAAAGUAAACCUCAGAGAACUAAACUGCAUACGGUCCUGUGAAAACUGCACACGACUCUAUUUGGGUUUUCAACUGUAGAUGGAUGACAUAUUAAAGAAAAACCCAACGUUUCCUUCUUUCCACUUCCACUCAAAAAGGUCAAGGAUCACUGAAAAUGUCAUAUCAUUUUCAGUGGAUUUGAUACUGAUCCACAGCCAUUUCAUUUCUUCCGUGGUGCCUUUGGGGACCCACCCCACAUUUCAAAAUGUUUUAAGACUGAACUUUGCUUAGCUUAAUGAGCAGAAGUUGGGAUACAUUCCUCUGGAAGAAAUUUGUGAGGAAUUUCUUGUGUUAGCCCACAUCUGUGGCUCAAACUUUAGACUCGGCUAUUUUGUGGUACGUUUUGGAUCACGCCGUAUUGGCAUUGUUUCUCCCAAGUCCCGGGAAUUUAACUGGUGCAAUGAACAUUCAUUCAAAAAAUAAUCCCAUAUUUUUUGUGUAGGCCAUAAAUUAUAGGUUACAUUUUUUCUUUAUGUACUAUUCUCUGGCUGAUUGAAGUGUUUCGUCAUAGGGUAAAGGUGACCACUCAGAACAGCUUUGUAUUGAUUCAGAGUGACUCUUCCAGUAUAAAAUACAGGAUUAUGCUUAGUUAAGCCUUAUUGUUACAUUUGGAUACCAUGGAUAAAGACUGAUGCUUUUUUAACCCCAACUUUGCUUGAAGGAGCCUGUAGGGAGGAGUCAGCACCUCGUGUAACUGGAAAAGUAGAACCUCGGUAUAAUAUAAGCUAUCAGAUCUUCUUCAUAGGAGGCUUUUCGAAAUAAUUUGUCACCAUUUUGUGCGCUCGCUUGAGGUCCAGGAUGAGCUGCCUGGCCUCUGUUGGGUUUUGGUUUGUGCUUCAGGCUCUGGUGGAGGCCUUCUUCUACGUUUCUAGUUGGUGCCCACUGCAUUUUGGUCUUUGCUGUAGGUUGUGGCCACUCUGGAAUUCUGGGUUCAUGUGGGUUCAUCACCACUGUGUGUUUUGGUGUUGAGUCUGGUGAUUUGGGUGGCCUUGGUGGGAGUGGAACCACCAUACUGCCAGUUUCUAGUUCCUUAUCUGUCCUUGCUUGAGUUUCUGGUAUGUGGAUCUCAUUGUGUUGCAUUUUGCCCUCUGUGAUAGUAGAUAGUUCAACCAUCAUGGUUGUCGGAGGCGUUGGCAUUGGUUGACAUUUCAGUUUGCUGCCUCUUUCACCUACCGGAUUGUGACAACUGUCAACACUUUCCUACUUAUAUCCAGUUUUUCCUAAUAGCCUCACACAUUUUUUCUCUUUUAGUACAUGUCAUUUGCUUAGUCUGUCAUGUACUGUAUGCUUUUCCCUGUUGCACUUGCAGGUGAAGAUUUGGAAACAGAACUGGUCCAUGUGAGGCAAAUCAUCACGUUCUUUAAAGCAAAAUUAAAAAGGAAACAAAAAUAAAGGCACAGAGAUGCAGUUACCAUCAAAUAUGAGUUUAUUUUUUUAUAAAUCAUUCUUACAAAAUUGGAAUUUAUUCUAUUUAAUCUGUGACCUCUAUAAAAGUCUUCUCUUAAUUACAAGGUAGGAGGGAGGAGAAGGCAUCAGGACAGCUGGGCUUGACCAAGUCCUUACAGAUCAACAGACACUACUGCUGAUUGCUCGCAUAAUACAGUCAAUCACUGAUAAAUAAUCAGAAACAGGAAGUGGUCAUGCGUUGUCGCCUUAGCAACAGUGUCCGAACACAACAAUGAAAAUGGGGCGUCAAAACAAGAGAAUGGAAACUGUGACUCAUCCAGUGUAUGAAGGCAGGGAUAUGAGUCCUCCGCACAUGGUGCUAUUGCUGCCCGUCUACUGGAAAUAACAAGUCUGGGACAGACAGUGCUCAGCAUGUCAGGAACUCGCAUGUUGAUAAAAAGGCACAAAUCAAAUCGAGAGCAGACCAGUUUCCAGCGCACACGCCAACCGCCUGACACGUUUUGGGUAAACCUUCUUCCAUCUGUGUUGAAGCUCAAGAUGAUAACUUGCAUAAUGUUUCCCUGAUCAAAUGACGGAGGCAUUUUAAGGGGAUACGAAGUUUAGUUGCUGUUUCUUUUCCGAGGGCCCCGACUCACAUCCAUCACACUCUGACUGAGCUCUGGAAUUGAAAGACUGUAGAUACACUUCCGUUUCUGUUUUGCGAGCUACGACUUGAGCCCCAAGCUGCGACAAAGACAAUUUAAACCACUGUGUCACAGCCUCAGACGCAUUACUGUAAUGCAUGAGGGGAAGAUGUUGCGGCAGAAUGUGAAAAUGUUUCCAUCUGGUGCAGGAGAGAGAGGGCUGGGGGGCCCCAGCUGCUUAUUAUUUUCCACGUGUCAGUUGGCGUAGUCUUUAUUGGGACUUUACAAUUUCACUCCCGCAGAGAGCCAAGAUGGAGCAGCCCAAUCCAAUUCUGGAUCACUGGUGUAUGCAAUCUUUUCCAGGAGUUAAAACUCCACUACGGCGACUCUGGAAAUGUUAUCUCACUUGGGGAGCUCUGUAUUAGAAAGAGUGUGAUAGAUGCUUCCCCUGGAAAACCGAUGCAGAGUGCGACAUAAUACGAGCUGUAUAUCGGCAUCUGUGUGGAUUAAUGUGCACAGCGUGUAGAAAAUAAACUGAAUAAAUACCACUUACUCCCCUCAGCGACGCAGGAUCGGUCUCAAUGUUCUCGCCGCGUCAUCUCAAAUCGUACACAGUCUUGUUUUUUUUCCUUUUCAAAAAAUAAAUAUGUCUAUGUACAGUGCUGAGACCAGGGAUUUGAAAUAGGUGGUGGGUUGUUUUUUGUAGUGCGUGUGGAUUAUCUGCAAAGCUGGGGAAUGUGGUUGUCUUGAGACGAUCAACAACAGUAACUCUGACAAUCAGACAUAAAAGGCUUGAUAUGGAUUGAAACAAUAUGACUCUUUUGAAGAUGAAAUAGAGGCCAGAUGCAGACCGUGCGAGGAGCAUGAGUUUCCCAGAAUCGCAACGUAUCGAUGUUGUUACACUGACGACGAAUCUCCCGGGAAACGACUCCAAGUUUCAAAGUUUCAGAGUACAAGCACAAACAGCGAUAUUCAAAACAGUGACAUGAUUGGGGCAAAAAAAAAAAAAACGAACAAAAAAACCAA